CGCUGGCGCUGUGGCGGUCGCCGCGCGUGCGCGCCUCGGCCGCCGCCGCGGCCUUCGUGGGCUCGCUGUGCGCCGCCGACCUGCUCUUCUGCGCCGCCGUCCUGCCCUUCGCCGUGCUGCGCUUCGCCGCCGGCGGCGCCUGGCAGCACGGCCCCGCGCUCUGCACGCUGCUGCCCACGCUGCGCUACGCAAACGUCGGCGUCUCGCUGCUCUCAAUCGCCAUGAUCACCGUCAACAGGUACGUGAUGAUCGCGCACCCGGCGGCGUGCGCGCGCGCCUACCGCCCGGUGCCUCUGGCGCUCAUGGUGGCCUUCUGCUGGGUCUUCUCCUUCGGCAUGCAGCUGCCCACGCUCUUCGGCGUCUGGGGUAAAGUUGCGAAGGCAGUGUGGAAAGAGGAAGGCACGCGGGCUGUUGCAGGGCGCUUCGGGUACGACCAGAAGCUGGGCACGUGCUCCAUCCUGGCGGACGCGCGCGGGCGCAGCGCCAAGACGGCGCUCUUCGUCAUCGCCUUCCUCACGCCCUGCGCCGUCAUCGUCGCCUGCUACGCGCGCAUCUUCUGGGUCGUCCACAGAUUGUGUACCUUCUUCGAAGGUUGCGCCUCCAUGUGUCGGCUGCACGUGCUGGGCUACCUGCUGCUGUACCUGUCGGCGUGCAUCAACCCGCUCAUCUACGUCAUCAUGAACAAGCAGUACCGGCAGGCGUACAAGGCGGUCAUCACGUUCCGACGGCCGUCGCGCUGGACGCUCACGCCCGCGCCCACGUCCAGCGGCGUCAACGGUAACUGCACGCGCCUCCCGUCGCUGCACGCGCUGCACCAGCUGCGCGCCCUCAAGCUCGCGCCCGCGCCCCCUAGCGCGCGCCUCGACACCAGCACGCACGACACCAGCACGCACGACACCGCGCUCGACAAGUGAACGCAGCCACUCUGCGCGGGGGCUUUGGAGCGCUCGAGAUCGCACUACUAAACAAGCACGACACUUCCUUCGACAAGUGAACGCGCCAGCGUCGCUAGAGGAGAGCUUUGGAGGGCUCGAGCACGGACCACUAAACACGCACGACACCACUCACGACAACUGUAUGAGCCUUCCCACUAAGAACACUGAACUGACCACACCACCCUCGAUAAGUGAACGCACCAGCCCACUAUAGGGAGCUUUGGAGAGUUCGAGCGCGUAUCCCAAACACGCACGACACUACUCUCGACAAGUGAACGCGCCAAAGCCUCCUUCAUCGGCUUAAGGGAACUUUGAGGUGCUCGGGCGAGCGCUUGCAUGGCGUUGCGGCACGAGCCAAAGAGUGCAUUUACAGGUCCGAAUUUUGAGCAGUGAAGGCGAGUGCUUUCGCAAGGGUCUCGCUGGCGAGCAAUGACCGGGACACAACGUUCCGUGUGCCGGUGAAACUUAAGACGUGUGACGUUUUGGGGGCCUUACUGAAUGAGUUCCACUCGUGACACUUUCGGGCGAGUGACGGUCACAGUGAUGGCUGACGGGGUCCUUAUUUUAUCACCGUACCUGCUUUGCAUGGGGAGGUGUUUUCAGUUCCUAACAAUAGUGCAUUGACUGUACAGGGUUCCAAAGACAAACCCCAGUGUGUAAAAACGUCUCAAAUGCCCACCAACGUUAACCUAGUUGGAAUGAACAUGUUUGUGUGAAAUGGAGAUAGAAGUUAAUUGUCUGUGUAGUUAUGUAACAAAAAAAUGACUAAGAUGCUGCACGAAGCUGAAGACAUGUUUGGGUAGUUUUUCACUAACAGCAUUCAGGAGCGUGUCACCUGCAAAUGAAUAUCAUUGUCUCAGAGCGGUAAAAUUGAAUGUGGCGUGUGCGGUGGUGGAGGGAGACCUGCAUGGGAGUCCGCAUGAACUCCACGCGCGAGAGCACGGGACAGCGUCGGUCAGUGCCGCGCAACAGCCGCCCUCGCCGUUGGCGCUAGCGAAGGAGACGGCGACGGGUCGACUGCUGGUGCGCCUUUUGUCUCUUCCGAACUGAAAAGUCCCGGGAGCUGGCGAGUCGCACCAUGAUGUCGCACGUGUCCCUGGCGCUGUCCCCUAUCCCCCUGCGGGACGACGGCGAGCCCUGACCUCUCGUCCCGUCCGGGACUGACCCGUCAGGGCGGACCGCGAGCGGAACCAAGAUGUUUGGUGAAGUGAGCCAACGACGAGCCACACAGCUACACAUCGCACCGAACGAUUGUCGUCAAGCAACUGACCAAUAAACUGUCAGACGGGACGCCGUCAACCACUACAGACGUUUCAAUCCGUGCGUGUAUUCUCAUCUCUCGACUGAAACUCAAAUAUGUUUUCAUCUUAUUCAUUUUUUUAUAUAACUAUUCAGCGAGUCAGAAUGUGGUAAAUAGACUUUCCUGUGAACAUUACAGAUCUCAUCAGUGCUACUACAAAUCUAACGUAAUUUAGAAUGAAAACAGCCCAGAGUAAAAAUAACAAAAUUUAUUUUAUGAAAAACAACACACCAACCCUGAAUCAAAUAUAAACUAUCACUAAAACUAACUUCUUACACAAAAAUUGUUCAUUUCUGUUCCAAAUUACUGUUUGAUUUGUUGUAGCACAUGUGAGGCUUACAUACAUCUAAUCUACAACUGAAAUGUCUUGAAAAAAUAAUUUUUCAACAUAUUGAAAUCUCAUUUAUUUUCAUUUUUCGACCAGCUCAUCGUUUUUCAUUUUACUCAUAAAAGUCACUCGUUACAGUUAAUUAUCAUAAUAUUGACAUAUAAAUUCUAAACAAAGUGCAUCUUUGGCUCAACGUUUACUAACUUACCCACAUUGCAACUUAAAUAUUAAAAUUAAAAAAAACCUAAGUGUUGUCUUAAAUAUCCAAAUCGAAUGCGAAGACUUGUUUAUUAUGAACCUUCAGAAGAAAAAGCAUGUAUGUAGGGAGUUGUGAUGAUUAAGUAUUGUGCCAUAAUUGUACAAAUUUGAUCCAAAGACUAUACUUAUAAAUUAUAUCCAUUGUGCCUUCAUGUAAACAACAAAGUAUUACGUUGUUGAUUAUUCAACAUGCCUUAUUUAUGUACAAGUAUUUGAUACCUGUUUUUCUUGUAGUAAUUUAAAUGAAAGUUAUUGUAAAACAUAUUAUAAAUAUUAAAACUAUAUCUUAUUAAUACUGCUUUAUCAUCAACGUAAAGGAACAACGAACGAGCGGGAAAAAGAAAAGAUGAUUGAGAAGAGGAAUAUUAUAAAAAUAACAUCUCGAAACUUUGUAGAGAAUUUUGUUGUAAGGGUAAAUGACCAAGAGAUAAGCAAUCUGGUAAAAGUUGUCUCUUCAAGCAACACCUUUUAAGAAUUAUGGUUAAUCUCACGAAGAGACUAAAACCAAAAAAUGUAACAUCACAUUUCCCCAAAAAAUGUUGAAACAAUGUUUGUUUCCAAAGUUUCUUCCAGUAAAAUCCUUGAAAUAUACAGUAAAUUUAAAAAUUAAUAUUUGGUUGUUGCCAUAAGAAACCGUAAAUAGUACAAUAUCAGAUGUUUGAAAUUGGUUCCGUAAUAACAAAUUA